AUGACAGUCAUGCCCACCCAAGCACAACUCAUUCAAGAUUUUGAGAAGCUCAACAUAGAUGUGGUGCCAAACGAAGAGUCAACAUUCAUCGCAACUCUAGUGAUCCAACCACUAAUAAAGGACAGAUUUAGAGAGGCACAAGAGAAUGACCCAAUGUUGGCAGAGCUUAAGGAAAAGGUUAAGCGAGGAGAAGCUCCCAACUUUCAUAUAACUGAUGAUGAUAUUCUAAGGCAUAAAAUCUUUCAGUUAUGUGUGCCCAAUGAUGAUGAGCUAAAGAGAGAUAUCCUAGAAGAAGCCCAUCACAUGUUUAUGGUACAACCCAGUAGCACCAAGAUGUAUCAGGAUGAAGAAAAAGUAUUGGUGGAACAACAUGAAGAGGGAUGUUGCAAGCCAGCAGGACUCCUUCAGCUACUUCACGUUCUAGAGUGGAAAUGGGAUGAAGUUGCUAUGGACUUCGCGGUUGCUCUACCAAGGGCACCAAGUGGACAAGACACCAUCUGGGUGGUGAUCGACAGACUUACAAAAAGCGCUCACUUUAUUCCUUUAAAGAUCACAGAUUCAAUGCAGAAGUUGGCAGAACUCUACAUCAAAGAGAUAGUUAAAUUGCAUGGCAUACCAGCUGUUAUAGUCUCUGACCAAGACCCUUGA